AUGCACAGAAUUGUGAUAAUACCAUUGAUAUGGAUAAGUUUGUUCGGCGAGGUGGAAUCAUCGUUUGAAAAAAUGGGUUGCUUCAAAAAGUCGUCUGUGCAAUCUUUGUUAACUUUCAAUGAUAACGACACAUAUCAAAGUUCGGGGUACUGUCAGGAACAGUGUUCAGAUGAUGCUGUAUUUGGGUUGAUAGAUGGUAAGUCCUGCUACUGUGGUAAUACGAUACCGGACUCUAGUGACGAAGUGGAUGAUUCUAAUUGCAAUACUGUUUGCCAAGGCUAUGGUUACGAAAAAUGUGGGGGUCUGAAUUAUUUUUUAAUAUAUACUGACUCUAGUGCUCAGGCAAGCACUGCUGGUGGUGAUAGCUCGACCCUGAGCUCUAGUUCACCCACUUCCUCAACUGAGACUUCCACAUCAACAUCAUCCGAUCAGACAUCAGAAGUAUCUACAACCUCACAAACAUCGACAAGUUCAUCUUCAUCAUCGUCAACAUCUCCUUCGACUUCUUCAGAAGCGACAUCAGAACAAUCCGGCUAUCAUACCACAAUCGUGUCUGUUGAAAGUGAAUCACAGUCCGUCCGUGAGGUCACCAAAACAGUGGAGUGGUCUACUACUCUGUCACACUCGUCGACAGGUAAGUCUACCUCCAGUACUUCUACAGCCAAUGCAUCAAAGACAACACAUGCCUCCACUACUUCCUCUAAUGAACAUAAUGAAACGAAAGAUAAUAAAGAUAGUGGAAAAUCACUCUCAGGGGGUGGAAUUGCAGGUGUCGUUGUGGGAUCCAUAGCGGGUGCAGCUAUUCUUGCUGCCGGACUUAUCUUUUUCAUCUGUCAUAGAAGACGCUCGGACGACGAUAAGGACGACGAAUUUACUUUAUCCGGCCCAGAACAAGAGAAAUCGGAGACAUUUGGCGGUGCUGCUGGUUCUCACGUCCAGCAUAAUCACCAAGCUUCUAAUGGCCAAAUGCUGGGCUCCUUUGCAUCGACGCAGAAUGAUGACCUAUUUAUCUACGGUCCCUCUGCUCAUCCCAACGACAUGACCGGCGAUCACAGCAUGCCUAUUGCCGAUUUUGGACGAAGACGACUCAGUAAUGGCUCUCUCCCAGAUAUGGUACAAAGAAACCAUGGUUCAUUGAAGGUAGUCAAUAACUAG